UUAAUCUCGAUAAAAAAUAAUGUAAGUAAUUAAUCGGGGAGAACGAAAACGAAGGGAAAGUGGAUGGGCAUUUUGUUGUUUUCGCAGCAUGUCGACGAAACGUAAGCGUGCACCCGCCAAGAAAGCCGGCGGAAAACGUGGCAAGAGGAAGGAAGAGAGCGACAUUGAUUCCGAUUUGAGCGACAGAAGUGACGCCGAGAACGCAACACAGCCCGACGAAGUUCUGAUCGCCGGCCAUGGGGACGCGCUUGACGACCCGACACCGCUUCCGCAGGAGCUGCUCAAGUCGCUCAUCAAGCCCGCAGGUCAAUUACUUAUCUUCGGCAGCGUCAACUGGGACUCUGUCGGCAAACGGGACCCCAAGGCCAUCCAGAAAGUUCGCCCCAAUCUCUAUAUACCUCACAGGUUUACUGAACAAAAGGUGCGUUUGGCCGUAAGCGGAUGCGUAUCGGCGCACAGCGUUCUCGUCGGAGAGGACGGCAAAGCGAUGACGUUCGGUCGCAACCAGUUCGGCCAGCUGGGCUUGGACAACACCAACACGAAGGACAUUCCGACCGUGGUGCCGGCGCUCGAGAACAUGAACGUGAUCAGCGCCGCCUGCGGUCGCAACCACACGCUCUUCCUCACCGACACCGGCACCGUGUACGCUUGCGGCGACAACCGCUCGGGCCAGUGCGGCGUCGGUAACUUGCAGCCGCAGAUCGUCACGCCCACCAGGAUCAACUACAGAGGGCCUCCCAUCAUAAAGGUGGGUUGCGGGGCGGAAUUCUCCGUGAUCCUCGACAUCAAGGGAGGCCUGCACUCGUUCGGCCUGCCCGAGUACGGCCAGCUGGGUCACAACACCGACGGCAAGUACUUCAAGACCAGCACCAAGCUGUGCUUCAACCACGAAACGAGCCCCAAGCGGGUGGUGCUCUACAUCGAGAAGAGCAAGGACGGCCACGUGUCUCCGGUGGACGUGACCGAGAUCGUCGACUUCAACUGCGGCCAGAACCACACCGUGGCGAUCGACACCAAGAAGAGGGCCUUCUCGUGGGGCUUCGGGGGCUUCGGAAGGCUCGGACAUGCCGAACAAAAGGACGAAAUGGUUCCCAGACUGAUAAAAUACUUCGACAGUCAGUCGCGAGGCGUGCGAUCGGUGCACUGCGGCUCCACGUACAGUCUCGCCCUGACCGAGCACAACGGGUUGUUCUUGUUCGGGCAAACGAAACGCAGCGGCGAAGCCAACAUGUACCCGAAACCCAUCCAGGAUCUGGCCGGCUGGAACGUGCAGCACAUCGCCGCCGGGUUCACUUCGAUCAUUCUGUCCGCCGACGACUCGGUCAUCGCUUGGGGCGGGUCUCCCACCUACGGAGAGCUGGGCAUCGGGGAGAUGCAAAAGAGCAGCACCACCCCGAAGGAGGUUAACAAGUUGGCAAACAUGAAAAUCCUAGGUCUUUCAAUGGGUAUGUGCCAUACCCUGUGCAUCGCUCAAAAUGACACACCCGAGCAAGAAACUAAACUGGAAACUUUUGAUGAAUUUGAACCUUAAGUUCCAAUGAUAGAAAUAUAAGUACACAUCUUGGAUCAUGUCAUCUAAGUACACACCUAUGUAUUGGGUCUUCUAAUACUGCCCUUUUAUCGCUCUAUUCACGAUUUUAUUUAAUUUUUUUUAUAGUUUAGGAAUUUUAAUUAAGAACUUAUAUUUCAGUAUUUUUUUACUAUUUAUUGAAAUUUGUAUACUAAAUGUCAAUGUAACCAACAUUUUGUAUUUUGCAUGUUCAUUUUCAUUUAAAAUAAAACACAUAUUAACGAUUUUUUAGAUAAAAAAUACUUUUUAUUUUUAUUUACCCUUCCCUACAUAAAUGUCAAAUUUUAAAUGUUAUUAUAGUCGC